CAGCCGGGGGGCGCCGCGAGGGGGGGGGAAUGAAGGAAGAUGCAGCGAGCGGAGCUGCCCGCCGCGGGACAGGCUCGGUCUAGGUGAGCAGGAAAAUGACCGAAGAAACACACCCGGACGAUGACAGCUAUAUUGUGCGUGUCAAGGCUGUGGUUAUGACCAGAGAUGACUCCAGCGGGGGAUGGUUCCCACAGGAAGGAGGCGGGAUCAGUCGCGUGGGGGUCUGUAAGGUCAUGCACCCUGAAGGCAAUGGACGAAGCGGCUUUCUCAUCCAUGGUGAACGGCAGAAAGACAAACUGGUGGUGUUAGAGUGCUAUGUAAGAAAGGACUUGGUCUACACCAAAGCAAACCCAACAUUUCAUCACUGGAAAGUCGACAAUAGGAAGUUUGGACUUACUUUCCAAAGCCCUGCUGAUGCUCGAGCCUUUGACAGGGGUGUGAGGAAAGCCAUUGAAGACCUUAUAGAAGGCUCGACAACAUCAUCUUCCACUAUCCAUAAUGAAGCUGAACUUGGGGAUGAUGAUGUCUUCACAACAGCUACAGACAGUUCUUCAAAUUCUUCUCAGAAGAGGGAACAACCUACACGGACAAUCUCUUCUCCCACAUCCUGUGAGCACCGGAGAAUUUAUACCGUGGGUCACCUCCAUGACCCAUACCCCACGGACCACUAUCACCUUGAACAGAGGCCCUACCGCCAGGUGAGCUUCCCAGAUGACGACGAGGAGAUCGUGCGCAUCAACCCCCGGGAGAAGCUCUGGAUGACGGGCUACGAGGACUACCGGCACGCACCCGUGCGGGGCAAGUACCUGGACACGCUGGACGACGCCGACUCGUACGUGCGCUUUGCCAAGGGGGAGAUCCCCAAGCACGACUACAACUACCCCUACGUGGACUCAGCAGACUUUGGCCUGGGCCAGGACCCCAAGGGCCGUGGGGUCGGGGUGGUCAAGACCCAGCCACAGAGGGGCAAGAGCCGGGGCCGCCAGGAGAAGGGCGAGCGCUCCAGGUGCGAAUACUGCAGGGACAUGUUCAGCCAUGAGGACAACCGCAGGGGCCGCUGUCAGGACGCGCCCGACUCGGUGAGGACUUGCAUCCGUCGCGUGAGCUGUAUGUGGUGCGCGGACAGCAUGCUCUACCACUGUAUGUCAGACCCCGAGGGCGACUACACAGACCCCUGCUCGUGCGACACCAGCGACGAGAAGUUUUGCCUCCGUUGGAUGGCUCUGGUCGCCUUGUCCUUCCUGGCCCCUUGUAUGUGCUGUUACUUGCCCCUGCGCGCCUGCUACAACUGUGGGGUCAUGUGCCGGUGCUGUGGAGGGAAGCACAAAGCCGCCGUGUGACCCCCCCUUGUCCUCUUCCCGAGCCACAGCCACAAACGAGGGCACUUGUCUCCUCCAUACAUGGACCCCUCUGCACCCCUCGAGCUUCCCAGAGUCCCAACUUAGCAAGGAGACCAUGAAGGCCUCCCUGCUUCCUUGGAACCUGGAGGCACCUUUCCAGCCCGGGGAAUCCAUCUGCCUGGUGGACUCUGCACUCCUUCCUGUCUCCAUCAGACACACACACACACACACACACACACACACACACACACACACACUGUUCAUGGGAAAGGAACCUUCCAUAGACUCUUAACUAGUAAUAACCUGUAAUCAAGCUGUCUUCUACAUGUGUUAAUUUUCUGUCCUCUCUCUCCACUGCUUUCCAGUUCAAAAGCACCUGCAGUCACGUCGAAGGUUUUAGAGUAGGUUUUGUAAGUGGGGGGUUUUCCAGGAGUGAAAAGGCCCUCUUUUCUUGGGUUCUGCUUGCCUGUUGCUAAGGAACUCCUGAUUCCUGUGAAAAUGUGAUGUCAGAAUGGUGAAAUCCUACCACAAGUAUUUUAGCAUGCAGCCAGUUAUUACCUAUAGGAGGUGAGCUAGUUAACAAACUCCUGCCCCCCCACAACAGGAUAACUUGCACCUUUUCCAAAGUCAAAAUUUCCCCUGGAAAUUACAGUUUCUCUCUGAACAUAUUUCUUCUUCCUUUUCUGCCCGUCCCAACUUCCAGAGCUGUCAGUUCUUCACUGAAGCUUACACCAGUUACCUGGAAAACUACAGAGAAUUGAGCCUUAAUUUAAGAUAAACUUGUGAGAAUCAGGACAAUUCCUCAGCCUGCUUUGCAUUCUUCUGGUUUUAGAACUAGAAAAGGAAUAUCAGGAUUCUCCGAUUCCCUUCACCCCUCCCUGUAACCGCUUCCCCCCAGAGUAGAACUUUUUCAACCGGUGUCACCAUCACUUCUAAAAAUUUAGCAAUAGUAGAAGAAAACGCUAAUGAGGUGAAGAAAUUCUGCUUAUCAUCUAGCAAACCAAAUAGUCUCUUCACACACCAACCAGUGUUCCCCAAACACAAGGU